ACAAUCACUAUAUAAAGCCUACCAAUUAGCUUAAUUUUCAUCCAGUAUCAAAUUGCAAUCUCAACAGUAAACUAGUAGCUCACACCGAACGUGCUUCCGAGACGCCAGGAUUUGCGAUCCCCGAUACCAACAUCAAGAUGUUCAAGCUGAUACUCAUCUCUGCCCUGAUUGCGGCUGCUUAUUGCAUGCCCGCUGACAAGGAAAAGUCUGAACAACUGACUCAGGCGGAAACCUCGUGGAACUCUGCUUGGGCCAAUCCGGCCAACCCGAAUGCCGCCGCUUGGGGAGGCAACAGCUGGAACCGCUGGAACAACCCCAACGCCGAUCCCCGCUGGAACCGCUGGGGAGCUGACCCGUGGAACCGUCAGUGGGGAGGAGCCGGAGCCGGAGCCGGAUGGAACCAGUGGAACCGUGCCGGAGCUUGGCCAGCUGCUGGAGCUCCAGCUGCUGCUCGCGGUUGGAACCCAUGGUAAAUGGGAGAUCUAGGAGGAUAGAUGUCGAUACGCAUGCUUUUUCGAGUUUUGACAUGAGGCAUUGACUUUUUUUAUUGUACAGUGUAUAUUUUUUCGAUUAUGAUUAGCGACUUUCACAAAUAAAUGUCAUUCUCUUUUUACGACCCACCA